AUGCCUAAGUAUUACGAAGAUAAAGAAGAGGAUAAGCAGUCAUGCGCAAGGGUGAAGGAAGAUUUGAAGAGCUGCCUUCUGCAGAGUUACUGUGUACUGCAGGAAGGAAAGAGCCCAAAUAAGUGUUUACAAGAAGGACAUUCCAGAGCUUUACAAAUCAACUUUUUUGAGUGCAAAAGAUCAAUUCUUGAUAACCGAUUAAGAUUCAGAAGGAGAAAAGGUUACUAA